AUGUCUUCAACUCUCAAGCUCACCAAACGCCAAAAGAAAGGCAUCGCUUUCCGCGAGCUCAAGCAAGGCAAAGGCAAAGUAAAAAACCAAGACGACCUGGAGCACGAUGUCCCUAUUCUCGAAGUUCAGGACCUUAUUGAUGGUCGGGCUAGCAGUGCGGAGGGCGGGGAAGACGUUCAAGUCACUCAAAGGAAUGCUGGGGGGAAAGGAAAAGGAAGGGAAGAAAUCAUUCAAAAGGAAGGAGAGGCGAAAGGGCUGGUGGUGGCAACAAAAAAGAGAAAGAGGGAAGCUGCAGAAGAAGCACAGGGAGCCGGAAAGGGAGAGGACGGACAGCCGAGGAAGCGGAAAGUCAAGAGAACAAAGGGAGAUUCCGGGGAUGUUCUAGAGGACGCAGAGGAGGUCGAGCAGGGAGAGACGAAAACUGAAAAAUCAAAACAACGUUUUAUUCUGUUUCUUGGUAAUCUCAAAUAUACCACUACUUUAGAAUCAAUACAGACUCACUUCGCAGCGUGUGAUCCACCACCCACUGUCCGUUUGCUUGCACCUAAAACACCUGCUAAUAAACCAUCUUCGAGACCUGUAAUCAAAUCCAAGGGAUGCGCUUUUCUCGAGUUCAAGCAUCGCAACGCUCUUCAGCAGGGCCUCAAGCUCCACCACUCUCAGUUAGAUGGUCGUCAGAUCAACGUUGAACUUACAGCUGGUGGUGGUGGCAAGAGCGAGGCGAGGCUGUCAAAGUUGAAGGAGCGGAACAAGGAGUUGGAGAGUCAGAGACGCAAACAACUCCAGAAGAAAGCCAAGUCACAAGGUGAAGAGCCAACGCCUGAGAUAGACGGAGCAAAGAGAUUCUCCACAACAUCAGGCGCCGAUCAAGAGGCGCAGAAAAGGCGGACAUGGACGGUUGGUGACACGGAAGACUCUACGACACAUCGCGGAGGAAAGAAACACGCGAAGGCUGAUAAGGCACGGCGGUCAAAAAUUAAGGAUUGGGGUACUGGCGUCAAUGCCAUCCCCGUUGGCUGA